AUGGUAUCGCACGCCCCGCGGAGCAGUGAAACUGACAUCAGGUGCGCUGUGUUUGCACUGUUUGCGCCAGGCAGCUAUCGCCGUCGACCUCGGGACGUCCCAUCUCAAGCACCUCCCGCAAAACAAGGCCCAAUGGCUCCCAUUCGGCGGUAUUUACGAAUAAGCAAGUACUCAGUGCUGGAGUGCCGGAUCUAUCUGGAGAAUCCGGCGGACUCGCGCUGGCUCCUGGAUUCCCGUGAUCCCGUGCUCCCGCGCGUGUUCCAAAGCAUUCGGCCAUUAGUGCUGCCUAAGCUCCGCGAAGAGAACGAGCGAGCGCGCGCGAAGAAAAAGAGCAAACCGGUCAAAGACGUCUUAGUGGAAGGCUCGUUUAACUCCUACGCAGCUCCUUAUGAAUUCGAGGUAUCGAUUUUCCUUCGGGAAACCGGGACUAGGCACGCGAUCGCGACGCGGCACAAAUCGUUUCAAAGCAGCAGGGGGAUCAGCGGCAACGCCAGCAAAUUGACAGGGAGCAAUGACGAACCGAUCCAAAUUGCCGACGACGACGACGACGACCGCAGCAAUCACGGCGAGCACCCUGCUACUGUUGUGCAACUCAUGACAGAGGACGACGAUGCCCCUAUCAACCUAGCGGACAUUCCUGAAGCUCUAGCGGCCGAUGCCGAGAGCGGCGACGAGCAAAGCAAUCCCCGACGUCGGCGGCGACGGCGACGGCACGAUCAAGACACGGCUGCCGCGCCUGCCGGCGGCAACGAUGAAACACCACCACGCGCGGCCAAACGAAACAAGACCGAAACACGGAGCGACGGCGGCGUCCCACCGGACGACAAAAAAUUGGGAAUAAUGAGCACGACGUACGACGGUUUCAACAUCUGGGGCUGGAUAUUGUGUCUUUUGAUUACGCGGAAAGAUAAUACGAAUAAGGCCAAAUCAUCCACAAGGGCGGCUGGCGAGCAGCCGUCGAACCAGGCACUGAUGGAGGAGUGGAUAUGCACGCAGGCGCCGCCAGGACUGUGA